UAACCAUAUCGCGAAUGCAAUCGAUAACAUAGAAAAUCAAGCUGAGCUUUCUCUUGUUUUUCAAAUUCAACUUGAUGAUACCACACUUAGUGGAGUUGGUACAGAUGUAAAACUUAUGGCUAAAUUAAUUAUUAAUGAAAUAGAGGAAGAAGAUGGUUAUAAUUGGAU